AUGACCAUGACCGUUCAGGCAAAUGAAUUAACUCCCCAAACGCCAGGGCAGCUCCAGUGCGCUUCCAAAGCCGAAGCGAAACAAUUCAGUUGUCGAUUUUCCGCAAGAGCAUGCACAUGCUCUACGGGAUCAUUCAAAGCCAGCUGCACAUGUCCAGAAGGGAAAAUAUCGUCUUAUCUGCAACGCAACACCUUGCCAUUCACAAGCAAGAACAUCGUUAUCGAAAAACACGGCGAUACGAUUGCAGCCCGUACGCAAGUUGGAUCAGCCAUUCACGUUCACGCAACGAUGGAAAAUGUCAAAAUAACGACAAUUCAGAACCACGGGGAAUGCUCCAUUACGACUUCUGUUCUCGAAGGAUGUUACUCCUGCAUUUUCGGAGCAAAGGCCACAAUAGUAUGCUACUCCACACAGGACCAAACCACUGCUGACAUAACAUGCGAAGGACAACACCAGCUUGCUAUAUGCACUCCAAGAGGAAGACUAUCAGUAUUGAGUUUCCAUUUUAACUCUCCGAAAAUCGCUACGAAUUGCACUGUCUCCUGCCCCGGAGGGCAAUCACACUUUCUCAUCAACGGCACUUUGGAUUACGUGCGGAACUCAGAGCUUCAACGCGAGAUUGGAAUCAACGAUGACAUCAGUACGAUUCCACCGGACAACGUAUGGCACAGCGUUACGGAAUGGGUCUCAUCAAUUCCGCGAAACUUUACCUUCUUCGGUCUUAUUAGAACCUUUAUAGCUGCCUGUGUCGCUAUGUUACUCAUUUCGCUUACUAUUUCCAUUGUGAACUUUUUCUCGAACACAUUUCCAGCCAAGAAGCAAAUCUAG